CUCCAGCCGCAGUUUGCUUCCCCUGGGUGCAGCUGGAGUGGUAGAAAACUCACCCUGCAAAUAAAUCAUCUUUCCUAAACCCCUGGCAAUCGCUGCCUGCAUUCCGUGCUGUUGUUAAAUCCUUGCUGGCCUUGGCCCUGGGGGUUGUUUUAUCACUGGGGCAGCGGGAACAUCAGAUGAGCUCUCCGUUGCUUUUCCCCAUGAGGUUCUGGAUUCCAACACCGGCCUCCUGUCCUGUCGCCGUUUCCAGGAAAACCAUCGCCCGGCCCCUUCGCGUGGGCGUUUCUCUGAGCGUUCACAAGAAACAACCCCAUCGCUUCAACCAUGGCUGCGGGACACGCCGUGGAAAAUCUUCAGGAGGAAAUCACCUGCGCCAUGCCGCUGGGGCCGGUUCCUGCCCCCAAUGCCGUUUACCUUUCCCCCGCGAUGGCUUCCGACCCAACCGGCAACUGGCCAACGUGGUGGCGGCCGUCCAGGAGCUGGCAAUGCCGGCAGCGGAGGAGCUUUGCCGGCGGCACUGCCAACCCUUCACCCUUUUUUGUCGCCGGAACGGGAUCCUCCUCUGUGCCACCUGCGCCGAGAAUCGUGCCCACCGUGCCGUGCCCCUUGAAGAGGCCGCUCGCGAGUACAGGGAGCAGUUCGAAGCUUCCCUAAAAGCCCUGCAAGAGGAGGACGAGCGACGUGCCAGGCUGGCAGCGGCAGCGGAGGAAAUGAGACAGGAGAUGCUGACCCGAGUUGAUGCCGAGAAGCAGAAGCUGCUGGCGGUGCUGGAAGGGCUUCGGCGGGUGCUGGGCGAGCAGGAAUCGCGGUUCUUGAUCCGUCUUGGUCGCCUACGUCGAGGGCUGGAGGAGCAGCGUCGUGGUGAGGCCACCGAGCUGGCCCGGCUGCGGCAACACCGCACCGAGCUCCAGACCAAGUGCCGACAACCGGACAGUGACCUGCUACGGGAUGCCCAAAUCACCUUGAGCAGGUGCACGGAGUGGAGGGCGCAGCCAUCGCUGCCACCAAUGCCAGAGCUGGAAGCGGAGCUUGAGGAUUUUGCCCUGAAAACCAACAUGCUGGCAGAGGCGGUGACACAGUUUAAAGACAUCUUGGGGUGCUCGCUGGAGGAAGACUUGGGGGGAUACCGGAGAGCAACCGUGACGCUGGACCCAGCCACAGCUCACCCCCAAAUCCUAGUGUCAGCAGACGGCCGGACCGCGGGACGCCGGGAAUCGCCCCCGGCUCCUCUUCCCUCGGGAGCCGAGCGUUUCGAGUCUCUCCGCUGCGUUUUGGGUCAGCAGGGCUUCACGGGGGGUCGGCACCGCUGGGCUGUGGAGGUUCGUCCCGGUCCCGACUGGGCGUUGGGGGUGGCUCGGGAAUUUGUGUCCCGUAAGGGCUGCUUCGGUCUCAGCCCCGAACGAGGCGUUUGGGCUGUGGGGCAGUGGUUGGGGCAGCUACAGGCUCUCACCUGGCCCAGCCCCACAUCUCUGCCCCACGGCCGCGUGCCCCGACGUAUCGAGGUGGCUUUGGAUUACGCUGGUGGGCGGGUGGCUUUCCGCGAUGCCGACAGCGAGACCGAAAUCUUCGCCUUUCCCCCGGCCGCUUUCGCUGGCGAACGGCUGCGGCCGCUGCUCUGGCUGGGCGAGGGGCCGGCUCUGCUCACCCUCUGCCCCUGAACCUCUCAAAACCAGACUCUUCCACCACCCCAACAAACCCUCCUGCUCAAUAAACAGCCCCAACCCACCCCCUAGCCCCAUUUGCUUUUCCUUUUAACACUUAAUUUAGCAAAAUUAAUCACAUUUUGCCCUCCUGCUCCUUGCCAGGUUUGCAUGGACUCAAAUUUCCCCUGAAAUACCAUUUUUUUGCAGCUCUGCUG